CACGCGACUCGGCAGUAAAUACAGAACAAAGAGGAAUAACAAUUACAAUCGCUAUCGAAAAGGGAGAACGUCGAAAUGGACAUCAAUAUUUUUAUAAACAACCAACCUUUUAUAAGUUGUGCGAGUCCCGUUAAUUAUGAUGAGCUAUGUAACCAGAUUGAGAAGAAAGCAAACUUGCAACAUGAAGAUUAUUAUUUGGUAGAAAAUGGCAAACGAUUGUCUGGAGAACUCCCUCAUGGUGAUGUCCACUGCAUCCUGCGCCAGCUGGGCGGCAAGGGAGGAUUCGGAUCCAUGCUGCGAGCCAUUGGCGCCCAAAUCGAGAAGACCACAAAUCGCGAAGCUUGCCGGGAUCUGAGUGGCCGUCGUCUAAGGGACAUCAACGAAGAGAAGCGGGUGCGCGCCUGGCUGGACAAGCAGGGGGAGCGGGAACGGGAGGCGGAGGAGCGGAAGAAGCGAAAAAUCGAGAAACUGUUGGCUGUGCCAAAGCACGACUUUAAAGACGACAAGUACGAGGAAGCCAGGGCCAAUCUCACUGAGAAGGUAAACGACGCAUUCGAGGAGGGUCUUAAGCAGGCGGAGGAGACCAAGGAGAAGGAAGCGCUAGCCCAGGAGGCAUCCACUAGUGGUACCAAGAGGAAAUCACCUGCCGAGGACAAGACUAAGGCCAAAAAGAAGAAAAAGGGGACUCUCUGGAUAGGCGAUGACAUCUCAGGAUCCGACUCAGACUCUGAGACUAGCGAAGAGGAACUUGAGGUGAAGAAAAAGGCCAUUCAAAAUUAGAAAAUAAGGCUUACAAUUAAGUAGCACAGACUGUGUUUACCUUAUCUUUUUGAACUCCAAUUUAAUUGGUCUUUGCCACUACAUUUACUAAACUUACAAAAUAAUUUUAAAAAAACGUCAAUAAUCUACAACGUAUAUGCAGGCCGAAUAUUUAUGGGAAUAUUCGGAAUAAACUGAUUCGACACUAA